AGUCAUUUUCCAGUGAACUAUUACUGUCCUCUCAAGCUCUUCCGUGUUCAGUCAAGAGGACUUGUCACGCCACUUCUUACGCAACAGCCAUAAAGAAGGAGAUCAAACGUUGUUUGUUUUCUUGGUAAAUUGCCUUUACAUUUCUUACAGGCUACAUUUGAAUCUGUCAGUGGGGAAUCAUCACAUCAAUGGGGUUAAAGAAGAUAAAGACUGAGUUUCUUCACUGUGAGAGGGAAAAAGAAGGAUUUUGGCCGGGAUGCGUGACGAAUCUCUCUGAAAGUCAGUGGGACCUGGACAUCAGAGAAGACAGAUAGCUCAAAGAAGAAAUGUUGGAUGAAGAUAUCUCAUUAUAUAGAUGCUGUCGAAUUCCUCGGCCAAAUCAAAAAGAUUGUGUCGGAAAAUCGCGACAACAAGAUACCUCUUGCAAAGCCGAAAAGUUCCAAGUUGAGAAUCGGGGGUCUGGAGGACACUGUUCACGCUGGAGAUGGUGAACAGUUAGAAGUUUGGAAAGACUGCUACCUUCCAAAGAGAAUGGAGAUGGUGGUCAUUGGUGCCCUGGAUGACUUCCGCUGUUCGGCAGCAGGAUGGCAGCUGGUCCUCCUGUUAUGUGAAGAUGGCAAUGUCUACGCCUACGAGUUUGAAGUUCUACACCUUGUUGCCAGAAGCUUGGAGGAUCUCUUUAAAUCUGGAGCAGAGUUCCCAGGACUGGAGAAACACAGAUUUGGAGAAUGCUUUGAGGAAUUGACUGAGGAAGAGAUGAAGAAAGAGAUGCAAUGUGUUGAAAUAAAGAAAAUCAAUGACGAGCAUAUUCAGUUCCGAAGAAGUUUGGAGAUUGAGAUACUGAGGAAUCUCAAAGCAAUCAGUCAAUCUGAGCCAACCUUUCAACCCAACAAAGUGGUGAGCCAAGUCGGACCGAAUAUUCAAGGCCUUCAAAGGAAGGACAACAAAGGAAGCAGGACAACUUCAAUGGCUCAGACACAAGAGGAUUACAAUCCUCACAAGAGGAUUACAAAAAGAAAUCCAGCCCCGUCGCGGACCAGGAUGCCUUGCUCCAAGACAUACUAAAUAACGUCUUUGCUCGCUUUGAGGACAAUACAGUGCCACUGACAUGGCCCGCUACCAAAACCUGGGACUCUUCUUCACUGCAGCCGACAUGAGUAAAACAUUUAAAAGUGUUAACCCUCGCAAGGCUGCAGGCCCAGACGGCAUCCCCAGCCGCGUCCUCAGAGGAUGCGCAGACCAGCUGGCUGGUGUGUUUACGGACAUAUUCAAUCAAUACUUAUCCCAGUCUGCUGUCCCCAUAUGCUUCAAGAGGGCCACCAUUGUUUCUGUUCCCAAAAAAGUUAAGGUAACUGAGCUACUGAAGUGCUUUGAGAGACUAGUCAAGGACCAUAUCACCUCCACCCUACCUGACACCCUAGACCCACUCCAAUUUGCUUACCGCCCGAAUAGGUUCACAGACGACGCAAUCGCAACCACACUGCACAUUGCCCUAACCCAUCUGGACAAGAGGAAUACCUAUGUCAGAAUGCUGUUCAUCGACUACAGCUCAGCAUUUAACACCAUAGUACCCUCCAAACUCGUCAUCGACCUUGGGUCUCGACCCCGCCCUGUGCAACUGGUUACUGGACUUCCUGAUGGGCCGCUCCCAGGUGGUGAGAGUAGUGUCAUGAUGUUGCCCUCUUUGAGUACAGCGAGCACCAUCCCCCGCGCUCUGCUUCUACAACCAGACUGCUGUGGGCAGAGUGAGGUCGUAAAUUCCCAAGGAAUUUCCCCGUAAAUUCCCUGCCUCAUCGACACACAGUUAUAGAGAGUAGUUUUCAUGGAGACAAAGGAAAUCCUUCCACCUCACAGAACGUGAGGUACGAACAAAUUUCAUGUUCCAGAUAAAGUGUAAAAGAUUGGUGAAGAAUCCAGCUACGAACUGGUGCGUUUGUCACAACAGCUCAAGAGAGACGGUGUGGCCACAUUACCAUAACGCUGUUUAUAUAAUAGCCUCAGAUAUCAAAUCAAAUCAAAUUUAUUUAUAUAGCCCUUCGUACAUCAGCUGAUAUCUCAAAGUGCUGUACAGAAACCCAGCCUAAAACCCCAAACAGCAAGCAAUGCAGGUGUAGAAGCACGGUGGUUAGGAAAAACUCCCAAGAAAGGCCAAAACCUAGGAAGAAACCUAGAGAGGAACCAGGCUAUGUGGGGUGGCCAGUCCUCUUCCGGCUUGCCGGGUGGAGAUUAUAACAGAACAUGGCCAAGAUGUUCAAAUGUUCAUAAAUGACCAGCAUGGUCGAAUAAUAAUAAGGCAGAACAGUUGAAACUGGAGCAGCAGCACGGCCAGGUGGACUGGGGACAGCAAGGAGUCAUCAUGUCAGGUAGUCCUGGGGCAUGGUCCUAGGGCUCAGGUCCUCCGAGAGAGAGAAAGAGAGAGAGAAGGAGAGAAUUAGAGAAUGCACACUUAGAUUCACACAGGACACCAAAUUGGACAGGAGAAGUACUCCAGAUAUAACAAACUGACCCCAGCCCCCCGACACAUAAACUACUGCAGCAUAAAUACUGGAGGCUGAGACAGGAGGGGUCAGGAGACACUGUGGCCCCAUCCGAGGACACCCCCGGGCAGGGCCAAACAGGAAGGAUAUAACCUCACCCACUUUGCCAAAGCACAGAUAUGAGGUUUACUACAUCUAAUUGUUGUAUAAGAUGAAUAAGUGAAGAAGAUACUGUUUGAAUAAUGGUGUCAUAUGAUUGUGGACUGUUUAAACCUGUUAACGGGAGUGGUUCCCAUUUGGGAACGAACCCUCCUACGUUCACCUGGAACGUGGUGCAUGGAACGCAAAAAUAUUCUUAGAAAUAUUUAACCUCCACAUAUUAACAAGUCCAAUAGCUCAAAUGAAAGAUAAACACCUUGUUCAUCUAGCCAGCGAGUCAGAUUUCUAAAAUGUUUUACGGCGAAAACAUAGCACAUAUUUAUGUCAAACCACCACCAAAGACACAGCUCAUUUGAAUAGCCAAAAAAUGCAAUCAACAAACGCAGGUUUAAAAGAAAAAUAAUUCACUAACCUUUUGAAAAUCUUCAUCAGAUUACAUUUACAUUACAUUUAA